UUUACAGCCGUUGAAUUGAUAGGCAUUGAUUGCUCAAUUUACUACUGGUCAUAAAUUAUAGAAAGAGGACAUUGAGAUGCUCACCUAGCUUGUUGAGCAAAGACUUUACUCCUCGAAAAUUAAUGAAUCUAUUGGAGUGGAGUUGGACAUAAGUUGGUUUUGCUACCUUGUCAUUAUCUCUUAUUCAAGGCAGUAGCUAGGUUCUUGUCACUUCUUUAAACCCCCCCUUUAGAAAACAAGAACCAACCAGGAACAAAGGACCCUUUCAGUUAUUUAUCUGAAUCACAAAACUUACCAAACCUUCUUCUUUUUCUCUUGCUUUCAUAAAUCAUUUUCCUUCUGUCUCGGAAUAAUGAACAGGGAAUAUAGGGUUUUAAUUUCUAGAAUCCCUAAGAAAGUAGUUUUGAGACGACCAAAACCAGUACUGCUCAGGAGAAGCCCAACAGUUCUUGAAGAAAAACAAAUAGCGCAAGUUCCCUCUGAAAUCAAGAUUAAUAGUGAAAAAGAAGAAUAUAAAUCAUGGUUAUGUUCUUCAUCUGAGGAAGAAAAAGCCAGAGAUCUUAAGAAGAACAAGAAGAAAUGUCAGAGAAUUAAUUAUUCGAAGAAGACUAAAUAUGAUGAUAUAGAAAUGGGAAGGAAACGACAAAGAUCAACUGAGAUGGGUGAUGAGUUCCAGUCGGAAAAUCCUUUUUUCACAAUUGUUCUACAAAUACUUGCCUCUACCUGCUACCUGCUAACAAACCUGCUUAAUUCCAAAGAAGGGCAAAGGAAGAUCAGCUGUUGGAGUUGCAUCGUUCCUAAAAGAUAAUGAUUUGAUAGUAGGAGAUGUAAUAAACAUGGAGCUGAUGGAGGAGAUGACGUCCAUAUACCUUGAUGCUAAAAUUCAUAUUUUUGGUUCCUGCCGGAAACUAUGUUAUUAUUAAAGUAUAUCACCCACACAUAAGUGGCCGAAGUUAUCAUACAUAGAGGACGUAGCAACCAUGCAGUUAAAGAGACACAUCCACAAAAGGGGAUCAGAUCAAGUCAGUUUACAAGAUCCUAUUCUCAAGCUAGAUAUGUAUUACCUAGUCAAGAUAGUUAGAU